AUGUUCAAUUGUAUAUCCCACCUUUGUGAUGGGAAACUCGACAAGUCGUCUCUCUGGUCCAAAAGUGCUUUUCAUGAUCAGUCGCAGGACUUCAUUUCAAAGACUGACUUCCCUGGGAGUCUAGGACCUUCGAAGAACAUCAGCGCACUGGAAAGCAGUGCACCAUCCCUGAAGCAGAAAAUCAACUUUGGUGAUUCGAUCACCCCUCGAAAGCAACAUAUUCUGGAAUCGUACUCCACAGGUGACAUAUAUCAAGUUAUUGUGGUAUAUUCCAAUGCUACGGUAAAGCUAAGCCGCCACCACACGGACUUAACCAGCUUGAUGAUGAAGCAUUUGUUCAGGGAGGCAUCUGACGUUUUCUUGAAGCGCAAAGUGGAUGCUCAACUAGGUCCCUUUGUGAUCAAGCGUGUAACACUUUAUGAGCUGUACAACUCCAAGAUGUUCAUUUGGUCCCUACCUGUGGAAAUCCCCAUCGCUACUGUCGCCCAUCUAGGAGCGCAAGAUCUGCACUCAGUCAUGCAAGUUUCUUCUCUGCUAAGAGAAAUCGCUGUGCCGCUCUUCUUCCUCGACAGAAACUUCCUGACUUCCCCGCAGGACCUGUUCCACAUUCGUGUAGACUCGCCAAAUUUUGAUGUUUUGUCUACUUGGAGACAAAUGGACACUUUUCGUCCACCGCAUAUGGUGUUGAGUUGGCUGGAUUCUGAUUUGCGAUCCUCACAGCUAUCCGCAUUUUUGCACUUCCUUGAGUCCAUUCCCCACAAAUUGAUACGAUACAUCACACUUUUCUGGAAUUUCAACAUUCACAUUCUCACUUCCUCGAUUCUCUCUCAAAUUGUUAGAUUACUGGAAAAGAUCUGUGCCUCCGGUGUUGAAGAACUGACAUGCAUGGGUUUCUGCGAUGGUGCUGUCUCACCCUCCGUCACUGGCCUCGCCCAAAUCCAGUCCGGAUCUGAUCCGGAUUGGCCGUUACUCUAUACGUUCGAUAUCCGGAAGUCUUAA